GCAUCCUCAUUCGUCAUCAUUGACGAAACCUACUUCACCCACCCAAUCAAAUCACACCGUGCGUUUACACGUCCAAGUUCAUCUUAACCAUCUAACUUUCCAAAUCAACCAUAACCCCACGAUCCCAUUCAUCCAACGCCUCACAAUCAUCCUCUAGAACUUUCUCCCCCUUAUAACUACGUGUUGUUCGUUGCUAACACACGCUCUUUCUUCACUCUGUGGCUUGUGCUCUCCUCGUGUCACAGUUAGGGUUCAACAAUCUUCGCCAUUUUCCUUCUUAGAUUUCGAGAAAUUUUAAGCUAUGGGAAAAUCUUACCCAACCGUGAGUGCUGAUUACCAGAAGGCUGUUGAGAAGGCGAAGAGGAAGCUCAGAGGUUUCAUCGCUGAGAAGAAAUGUGCUCCUCUUAUGCUCCGUUUGGCAUGGCACUCUGCUGGAACUUUUGAUUCAAAGACAAAGACUGGUGGUCCUUUCGGAACCAUCAAGCACCAAGCCGAGCUUGCUCAUGGUGCUAACAACGGUCUUGAUAUUGCUGUUAGGCUUUUGGAGCCUCUUAAGGAGCAAUUCCCAAUCAUUAGCUAUGCUGAUUUCUACCAGUUGGCUGGUGUUGUUGCUGUUGAGGUUACAGGUGGACCUGAAGUUCCUUUCCACCCAGGCAGGGAGGACAAGCCUGAGCCACCACCAGAGGGUCGCUUGCCUGAUGCCACCAAGGGUUCUGACCAUUUGAGGGAUGUGUUUGGCAAAGCUAUGGGGCUUAGUGACCAGGACAUCGUUGCUUUGUCUGGUGGCCACACCAUUGGAGCUGCACACAAGGAGCGUUCUGGAUUUGAGGGCCCAUGGACUUCUAAUCCUCUCAUUUUUGACAACUCAUACUUUACGGAGUUGUUGGGUGGUGAGAAGGAAGGCCUUCUUCAGUUGCCAAGUGAUAAGGCACUUUUGAGCGACCCUGUAUUCCGCCCACUUGUUGAGAAAUAUGCUGCUGAUGAAGAUGCUUUCUUUGCUGAUUAUGCCGAAGCUCAUCAGAAGCUAUCUGAGCUUGGGUUCGCAGAAGCCUAAGGAGCAGUGUGUGGUGUUUGAGAGGAAUGGUGCAUCUUACAUAAAUUUCACAGACAUUGCUCUUAUUUUGAAUGCGGGUUCAUCGACAUUGGGUAGUUUUUGGAUGUAUUUUGCUAGACACGAUGAACGUGGAGUUUGAUUGUUUUCUCUAUUGUUGAUCCUCUGUUAAAUAACAUUGUUAAGUGAUAAUUCCCAGCUAUUUCGGUUUUAUUAUUCCCCAAUGUUGCUCUU